AUGUAUUGCGCUUGCGGGAGCUUGCGGAGCGGGAAGAGGGCGUUCGACGCGACCGAGAGGAAGGAUUUGUCGACGUGGACCUCGAUGAUCGGCGGAUACGCCAUGCACGGCGCUCAACGGCGCCACGAGGCCGGUGAUCGCUUGUUUCGAUGCGAAUGCGUGGAUGGAAGAAGCCUGAUGCCAGACGCUCCGGUGUUUACGAGCGUUCUGCACGCGUGUAGCCACUGUGGGUUGGUGGAGAAGGGGAUUCAAAUUUUUAAGGAUAUGAAGGACAAGUACAAGGUUGAGGCGAGGAUGGAGCACUAUGGAGCCGUGGUGGACUUGUUGGGCCGUGCUGGGCUUUUGGGGGAGGCCGAGAGGGUUGUGAGGUCGAUGCCGUUUGCGCCGAAUCGGGUUGUUUUGGGCUCGUUAUUGCACGCUCGUGGUGCUAAUGGGGAGUUGGAGAUCAGUGAGGAGUUGGAAAAGGAGUUGCUGAGAUUAGAGGACGGGAGUGGGUUCUAUGUGGGAGUAUCUAAUGUUUAUGCGAAAGAAGGAAGGUGGGAUGAAGUCGGUAAGAUUAGAGGGAAGAUGAAGGGGAAGGGUUUAAGGAAGGAGGGUGGUUUUAGCUUAGUUGAAGUUGGUGGUAGGGUUCACAAAUUUUUGGUUGGGGAUGCUAGUUCUGCAUUAGUCGGAGAGAUUCUUAGAUUGUCGUCGGGACUCAAUAAGGAGAUGGUGGGGUGGAGGUGGUCUGUAACCCGCCGAAAGCAAAUGAGGUUUAGCCGCCGGUCAAUCCCCGUAACAGAGGGUGGUGUGGAGUGGCUGAAAGCAAGAGGAGGUUUACCUGCUGUUAACCCAUACAGAGGCAAGGGCAGUUCUCAUGUGCAUAUAGUUUUUCAACAAAUUAUUGCAAAGUCGAACUGA